UCCUAUCGGGGUGAAACGCGAACGAUCGACAACAUGGUUGGAAGCAAUGAUAUUCGCGAGCGUGAAAAGAUCGUGAAGGAGAUUGAGAAAACGAGCGAAUCGAUCCGCAAGAAACAUCGUGCUCUGAAGACUGGUAAGAUCGAUGACGAUAUCGCGGUGAGGAGACACCUCGGACCUAUUAUCGAGCCGCUGCAAAAGAUCGUUGACAACUCGAGCACGCGCGCGGUGAAGGACGUGGCGGUUGAAGUACCCCGCACCCCGAAGCGCGAGCCGAACGUAGAGCUUGAAAUACUACGCGCCCCGAAGCGUGAGAAGAAGAAUCCCAGCAAACACGGGAGUAGAGUAAAGAGGAAACUAGUAACCGGUUCGUCGGAUCGCGAAUCACAUAAAUCGAAACAGCCUCGAACCGAAUCGAGCGAUGCACAGGAUGCGCCAACGAUAACCUCUACGCCGCGUACAACGAUCCAACCGCCGAUGAAUCUUCCAACCGAGGACGAGAACGUUUUCGAAACCACGAACGAAUCGUUCGCAGCGUCCAUUCAACGAGAAGUACAAACGCCAGAGGGUCAAGAAGCGUUGCGAACUCAAUUGGGUCCACUGGGCCAAAAGUUCAUCGGGGCUGUCAUACGCGGUGACAAAGACAUAGAUAACGUUUACGGAGUUUAUUUGAGCAACGAUGGAAUGAAGUUCGGUUGUAAGCCGUUCGACGUAGACCACGAAGAUCACAUAAUUCUCGACAGUGUUCGAUACAAAGGUACACCUGGUCUUUACGAGCUGGUUUUCAAGAGAAUUCCCGAUGACAUCGUGUACACGGUUGACGAUUUGGAAAAGUACAGGAGCAUGCUGCUGGUGACGAACGCGUAUAGACGCGAUCACAGCGCGCGAGGUUAAGUAAAGAGUAACAGGGGACACAAGUACAAAUCAUAAUCGCACUGUUACUACCAACUGAACCUAAGACGAAAUCUGGAAGAGGAUUACCCCGCGCUAUGACACCGAACGACAAUGCAAUCGAUUACGUGCACUGGGAUGAUCCCAACGAGUUGGUGGAUCGCCUACGAUUGCUCAACGCUUCGCGUCAGGCCGGAAACAACUCUCAUGACAACGAGAUGCUGUCGAUCAUCGAGGAACUUCGAGAAGCUGGCCUCAUAAUAAAUUGACUCGUGUAUCGUCAGGAUGAAUCAAUCCGUCAACGUCACUCGCAUCGAACGUGUAUCAAACGUGUAUAAACGGCUCAGAAACGGCUUUCGAACGCUGGUGAACGGGUCAAGAACGUGGAACGAACGAGAACGCAAGUUUUAAAAACGUGGAACGAACAUGUAUCGAACGUGUUUGAACGUGUAUCGAACGUGUUUGAACAGAUAGCGAACGGCUUUCGAACGUGUUUGAACGUCUAUCGAACGUGUAUAAACGGCUAACGAAUGUGUUUGAACGUGUAUCGAACGUGGAACGAACUUCGCGAGGAUGGACUUAUUAUAAAUUAAACGUACCAUUGAGCACAUGAGUCAAUCGAGCGGUGUUACUUGUAACGCGAAGAUGACGAUCAACGAGUCUGAAACGUUAUUGCAGACGAGUGAUAACAUUGCUACGAAAUUUAAUAUGGAGAAGAGCAUCAAUACUUUAAGAGUUAAACAUGAAGAGCUCGAGAAGGAAAUCAUCGAUAUGCAGAAAAAAAUCGCCAUGUUAGAUUUCUACCGAGACAGUCUUGACCGAAAAAUAGACAGAAGAGUCGCUGAAUUAAAUGAAAAAAUAGAUAAGAUGGAUAAAAGAUUCCCUACCGUUUACAGUACGCUUAGAAAUCAUGUGGCAAACAGCAACUAUGAAACACGGGUAGGCUUCAUUGCGGAUUUGCAAAACGUUAACGCCCGUUUGGAUGCAUAUCAAAAAGAAUCUAACGAUAGAACACGUGAGCAGGAAAAGAUUAAUGCAGUUCAAAAAGAAUUUAACAAUAUGGUGCAUGAGCAGAGAAAGGUCAAUGCAGGAAACAUAACUGCAAUGGAGAAGAACGUUUACUCGGCAUGGGAUGCUAUAAUGGAGCUCCGAUCGAAGCAUCCGAAAAA